AGUGUAAAGUAUGGGAAUACUAGUUCGAGGAGAGCCUCUGUCCUGGGAGGAAACGAAAGAACUGUCGGACUACAUAAAGGAUCAUGGAGUAAAGCAGUUUAUACACCUGAUGAAGACGAUGAAGCAGAGGAAAUACGAGGAGCUUAAGUGGGGCGAUGAGAUUGAGUAUUUGUUGUUCAAGUUCGACCACGAGAAAAAACGUGUUUAUCUGCACUGUAAAACUCAGGAGUACCUGGAGCGACUAGCUAAACAUAACUGUAAGUUUGAGAUGCCAGUCACAUUUGUGGAGGAGUACGGAUCUUUCCAGAUUGAAUCUACUCCUAACAAACCCUUCUUGGAGGAUUUUGAGGAGCUGAACAAUGUUAUAAGGGACAUGAGGCACAGGCGCAAGGAGUUGAUGUUGCUGAUGGACAGCGAGACAGAAACAGUUCUGACACUGACUAAUUUCCCUCGUCUGGGCUGCCCUGACUUCUGCUGGCCUCCUGCCCAACCCUCUCCUCACGGCAAUGUCUCUCAGAGCAUGUUCUUCCCGGACGAAUGUAUCAACCCUCACCCUCGCUUCCCCAACUUGACUAGGAACAUCAGGCAGCGUAGAGGUAAAAAGGUUGAGAUUAAUGUUCCUAUCUUCAAAGACGAGAACACUCCCAGCCCUUUUAUUGAGUUCCCUGACAUUCCAGCUGCUAAACCGGACCAUGUCUACAUGGACGCUAUGGGCUUCGGCAUGGGCUGCUGUUGCAUUCAAAUGACAUUCCAGGCGUGUAACCUAUGUGAAGCGAAGGUGCUGUACGACCAGCUAGCAGUAGUGACCCCCAUAGUAAUGGCUCUGUCAGCAGCUGCCCCUAUCUACAGGGGCUACUUGUGUGAUGUGGACUGCAGGUGGAAUGUUAUCUCUGCUUCUGUUGAUGACAGAACUGAUGAUGAGAUAGCAGAUCCUGGUAAGAACAAAGCCCGCUCCUCCCGCUACUCCACUAUAAACUCCUUCCUGCGCUCCGAGAAGUUCAGUGAUGUGAACCCACCCUACAAUGAGGAGGUUUACAAGACUCUUAUAGAGGCUAAUGUGGAGAAUAUCGACCCGCUGAUGGCACGUCAUAUCGCUCAUCUCUUUAUUAGGGAUCCCAUCUCAGCCUUCAGCAACAGGAUCGAGCUGGACGAUGAGAAUGACACGGACCACUUUGAAAGUCUACAGUCUACCAACUGGCAGAACAUGCGGUUCAAACCACCUCCCCCUGGAUCAGACAUCGGAUGGAGAGUGGAGUUCAGGACCAUUGAGGCCCAGAUAACUGACUUUGAGAAUGCAGCAUUUGUGUCCUUCUGCAUUCUACUGAGCAGGGCCAUGGCCAGUUUCAAAUGUAACUUCUAUAUGCCGCUCUCCCUCGUUCAGAUCAACAUGGAGAGAGCCCAGAAGAGGAACGCUGUUCUUGAUGAGAAGUUCUACUUCAGGAAGAACAUACAGUGUUGUAAGUGUGAGUGCGAACCGGAAAUAGUUGAGAUGACGAUUGAUGAGAUUAUCAACGGAAACGGCGACUUUCCGGGAAUCUGCAAAGUUAUCAGAGCAUACGUUAACAACAUGGAUUUGGAGUUUGUCACAGCAACAAGGAUCUGUUCAUACAUCAGUCUGAUACAGAAGAGAGCCAGUGGAGAGUUGAAGACAACAGCUGCGUGGUUGAGAGAGUUUGUACAUAACCAUCCUCUCUAUAAGCAGGAUUCUGUGGUAUCUGAGGAGAUGACAUACGACAUGCUGAUGGAGUGUAACGCUAUAACUAACGGAAAGGAAUGCCCAGACCUGAUUGGUACACUACGUCAGACCAGCGACCACAACAACAAGCACUUCAGACGAGACAGCUAUAAGACCAAUGACAAUGAUGAUCCUAUCAGCCCCGUGUUUGAUGCUAACAGUGAUCACGUGUGGUAAUCUGCUGGUGGCAUAUUGCACGUGUAAAUGCGCGCACUUUUCUGCACGUGCAAAAUACUGUGCUUUUUUUCUGAAUCGUUUUUGACUUCUUUGAAAUGGAGGAGACAUUUUAGUAGUAUUUAGUUGUUUUAGUUUGCCUAUAUAUCUAUUCUAUCCAAAUGAAAACGAAAUUUGUAAUUUGAAUUAAUGGAGUACCAGAAUAUGAUAUAUGGGUUAUUAACCGUUAGCCGUUAGGUUUAUUAAGUUAUUAUACAGUAUAGAUUACAUGAUAUUUUGGAGUUUAAUUUUUUUGGCAGUGCGUGUUUUGAUACAGAGUAUUUUAGUACGUGAUACUGUUAAGUCUACAAUAAUUUGGAAUUGUUUCACUCAUUCGCGUCAUAGUGUUGUUAUCAUUUUAUCACUUUGUUCUGUUUUUGGUGUUAUAUAACGUUUAUAUAUAACUUUUUUCACCGCUUUAUUUGCUUUGAGGUUUCUAAGAUGUUUUGUGUAUUUUUAAAAGUAUGAUUUUUUCAGUAAAUUGGUCGGAAGGUAAGACCACAGAAGAUUUUUCGAUUAGUUUAAUGCAUUAUUUAAUUAGUUUAAUGCAUUAUUUCGAUACAUAAUUAUUAAUUCAUACAGAGAUACAGCCGUUGUUAUCUCGAGAAUUUCGGUUAUCAAUUAUUCAAUAUUGCAUGAUAUUACAAAUAUUAAUUCCAUAACAAAAUUAGAUUGGAGAAUUAUUGUACAGAACAAGUUGGAGAGAUAUACAAAUAACACACACAGACUAGCGAACUUCAAGUUUCGUGAGAUUUAUAGUUCGCUUGUCUUUGAGUUUUAUAUGUUUCGAUAUUAUAUUGUAUCUACGUUUUUGAUAUUUUUACAAUUUGCAUCUUGCCCUAAUUUCUUUUUUUUAAACCUCUGAUCAGUGAUCUUCUAAUAUUUUCACGCUGGCGUGACCCAUUUAUUCAGGAGGUGUAAGAUUUAUUAUAAGUAACAAAAAGAUUGAUAUUGUAUCUUAAUUGUUUUCUAAUGCUAUCAAUUAACUCUAAUGCUAUCAAUUAAAACUUAGAAAAUGUUAUUACAUACUUGUUAUUACAUACUUGAUAUUAGCAUUAAGCAUUAAAGAGUAAUAAUUUGCUUAUUAUAGCUUAAAAUCUAUGUAGUUA